AUUUUUAAUUAAAACCUCGAAGUAAACAAUUUUAUUUAUAUAUUAAACAUGGGUGAUGAAGAUGUUAUAAGAAGGAGACUGCUUAUUGAUGGCGAUGGUACAGGGGAUGACCGCAGAUUAAAUGUAUUAUUGAAGACAUUAAUAAAAUGGUGUAACAAUACUGACGAAAAACUGGAAGAGAGCAAAUCAACGCACGACAGAAUGCUAGCGCAACUAGCUCAAUGUGAAUUUGCCGUAACAAAAUCACAACUUGGUGCUGGCAUGAUGGCUGCCGAAUUAAAAAGCUACGAAUCACUGUCAAAAAUAUUAGAAAACGGUAUAGAAGUCGCAAAAAGUAACAUUGAGAAGAGCAAAGCAGAUUUAGCUCAGGCAAAAACUGUACGUAAAAACCGCAUCGAGUAUGAUGUUCUAGCAAAAGUAAUAAGUGAACAGCCAGACAGAAAAGAAACAUUAGAACGACUUGCGACGUUAAAGAAAGAGUUAAGUAGCUUAGAAGCAUCCAAACAGCAAUUGGAAAGCAGAUUAGCUUUAAGAAAGAAGCAAUUUCAUGUCUUGGUUACUUCAAUACAUCAGCUCCAAGCCAUUCUGGAUGACUCGGAUGAGAUAGAAUGCAUUUCUGAUGAUGUGGACAUGAAGGAUGAAGAAGAAAAGACUCCACCAGAGUCAAGACGCAGUGGUGUUCAAACCCCAGAGUCACGCCGUUCUAAUGGGACCAAUAAUUAUUAAUUACCCUGAUUUAAUUAUAUGUAAGGUGUUAAAGUAAAUAAAAAUCAGUUUAAUAAACUC